AAAAUUUCGUCUGUUUAAUGAAUUUCUCAGCGAAAUGAACGUGAAUAGAAAGUUAAACAAAAGAAGUGAAAUAAUUUACCUUCAUAAUCAUAACAACCGACAGCCAUUUCCCUUGGAUAAAUUAUGAAAAUGUAUCCUGCACGAGCUAAAGAAUAGUAUAAAAGCGUGUGAAUAAGAAAAAUUAUGAUAAUGAAAUAAUUUAUGUAUUUAUGUAUGUCGAGCUUUGUGACAAGGAGAGAAAAGAAAAUUUGGAAAAAGAAAUAAUUGGUUGAGCUCAUUUUUUAAACAAACGUGAGUGUUGAGGACCUCGUUGUGUGAACAGUUUUCGAGGAAGGCACCAGUAAACACUUAGUUUUGUUAGGCGACAAAGAUAUUCAUUCUACGACAAUUUGAAUAAACCAAAAAACAUAUUUCAGUUAAAUUUAUUAUGAUGAAUUGCUUUAUAUCAUAGGGAUGUGUUAAAAAAUGAAAUAACUACAAAAGCGGGGCUUCAAAUGUGUUGAGUGUGGUAUGCUUAUGAGCGGUUGUGAGAACAUAAUAAAAAAGCACAAACAAAAAAAAGGCAACAUCAAAUAUCAUGUGAAAAAUUUAUUGCCAUCAACUCCUCGCCUCAAAGUCGAGUGAAUGGAAUGGAAAAAUUCCAAUUAACUAAAAAGUGGGAAAUUACCAAAAAAUAGAUGAAAUUUUGAAUGAAGUAAACAACAACGACAAAGGAAAAAAAUUCCUUUCUUUACAAGAAAAUAUUGAGGAUGAAAAUGUUUAUCGAUUGGAAAAUUCAGAGUUUCCAUUGUAAUCCAGCGAUAAAAUAUCAAUGUAAUCAUCAUUAAAACACAACUUCUUUUCAAAGAAAAAGGAAACUAGAAGUGAAAGAAAGAAAAACCUGAAAAGCACUUUCAAAGCUUCCGAUGAAAAUGUGAUAAAAAAAGGAAAAUAGUGACAAUUUUCAACAUGUUUUGGCUAUGCAAAUAAUAGUAGACAUAAGCACAUCGAGAUAAUAAAAGUGUACUGUCAUGAAUGAACUCGGAUUAAAACCUGUUUUUUGGAUUUACACGUUCGUUUGCCUCUUCAACUUUUUAGAUUUAUCACUCGGCAGUUUUCGAAAUAGCAAGGAGAAAAUUCAUCGAGGAAAUCACAAUAAUCUUCACGACAUUACCACCACUAAUCCAUUUCAUUUUUAUACGAAUCCUAAGUGGUAUGAAUCAUAUUUUGAUCCCAUAAUCCCAAGAAAUGUCACAGCGUUAGUCGGGAAAUCAGCGUAUUUAAGUUGUAGAGUAAAAAAUUUAGGAAAUAAAACCGUAUCAUGGAUACGACAUCGAGAUUUACAUAUUUUAACCGUUGGAACAUAUACCUAUACGACUGACCAACGUUUCACAACGACACAUCAUAAAGAGACCGACGAAUGGACGUUGCAAAUCAAAUUUGCUCAAAAACGAGAUGCUGGUCUCUAUGACUGCCAAAUCUCAACUCAACCCAUCAAAAGCUAUUCAGUACGAUUAAAUCUGGUUGCGCCAACAGCAAGUAUUCUCGGUGGACCGGACUUUUACGUUCAGAAAGGAUCUACAAUCAACCUAACAUGCACGAUUCGGUUAGGUCCCGAUGAAUCGCCUGCUUUCAUUUUCUGGUAUCAUGAAGAUGAGGUGAUUAAUUAUGACUCGUUGCGUGGUGGCAUUUCAAUAGAGACUCGAAAAGGAGACAUUACAACAUCACAUCUUCUUAUUCAAAAUGCUGAUGAAACUAACUCUGGCAAAUAUAGCUGCUCACCAUCAAAUGCAAUCAUCGCCAGUAUACGUGUGCAUGUUCUUAACGGUGAACAUCCUGAAGCAAUGCACAGCAAUAGUUCAUCAAUAGCACAACAACAACAUUCAUACGUAAAACUUUUAUUGAUAGUUUUUCUUGUAUUAUCGACUGCAAGAAACAUAAAUUUGCUAACGUUCUCUGAUAAUAAAUUGAAUCGAUAGGAGAAGACGAGCUAGAAGGAAAAUAAUUUAUGUUUAACCUGAUUCUAUUGUACAUAAGAUAUGUACAUAAUUUGGAAUUAUAUUGAAGCACAUAAUAAAUGUAAAAUGUUGAAGAACUUAAA